AUGACGGCGCUGUCGUCGUCCUCUGCUUGGGACCGACCUGAUAGACCGCUGGUCGUCAAGUGCUCUUAUAAUCGUUCUUUGCGGCGAGUGACGUUUGGAUCGGCCGUGGACUGCCACUAUGACCUUUUGCGAGCUAAGGUCGAGCAAUGUUUCUCACUCUAUGGAAGUCCGUUUCUCAUCACGUACAUGGACGACGAUGGCGAGGUGACGGACAUAUCCUCAAACCACGAUCUCACCGAAGCGAUCAACUAUUUUUCUGAUGGGGAUACGGAGAGUGUCGCUUACAGCGGUGCGUCGAGCGCGAGCGGACGCAGCUCUUCAGGGAAGAAGGUGACGCUGAGGGUGAAGGUGAACAUGGAGAACGACGGGCCUAGCCUGUCGGACACUGCGAGUCUGGCGAGCAUGGACGAGUACGUGCAGGUGGAGAGGACGGGCGAGCGGCGAGAACGGGAGGUGCCGAGAGGGCAGGCAGAGCCGGAAGACGAUGCGAUCACUGUCAGUUCGCACAACUAUGGCAGUCAGACGGGGAGCAGCUUUGUCGAUGUUCCGAGACCGGGGUAUCCCCCUUCUUCCUCACCUGCAGGCGUCAACCUACCGAACUAUAACCUUCCAACGUUGGCGACUGUUCCGCCUUCCCCACCUGCCUCCCCCGGAUCGCGGCGAUUUCAACAGACCAGUCCAUUUGACGACCAGAGCGAGAGUGCUAUGGUAACGGACCGAUUACGGCGAUUGGUGGUCGCGGACGGUCCUGUUCGCACCGAAGACGAUAUUGCCAAUGAAGACGAGGAUCCGUUUGAUGACGCUCAGCUCGAAUUGCAGCGCGGCGCGCAUCAUUACUACUACGAAUAUCCAGCGUCCCAGAGCGGGGGUUCGUCAGGUCGAGAACGAGACCGCGCGAGGAGAGUCAGGGACAGCGGGAUGGAUCAGACCGGGAGUGUGGAUCUGGAGAGCCUUUACAUCUCAAACAAUCAGCAAACGAGUCCCCACGGCCUGGCAUGGAUCGAGAACCAGAACCGGGACCAUCAACAGCUCGCAGUGGUGAUGGAGCAACAACACAGGCAGCGGAGUUCUCCAGGCGCCGAAGAGCUCCCACUCGUGUCGGACCAUGCGUCUGCUCUUCCGCAGUUGCAGAGUCGCUAUCCUGGCAUACCCGCUGAAGUCCUCGCUUUUGUCCCCGAGGAGGAAGUCGAGUCCGUUCCUGCUGAGGCGCCCCGCCUGCUCACGGACUGCUCUUCAUGCGGCGUACUACUAGAAGACUUCCGCUACGUGUGUACAACCUGUGGAGAGAAAGAAGCCCGUGAGCCACCAGCCUGGCACCAUCUUUCGCGCAAACAGAUGGCCAUUGCAGACGCAUUUUCAGCAUACUCGGAGGAGACGGUACAACAGGGCAGGCAGUCGGGAAGACAAUCAGGGUCGAGUUUCCAGAUGCAGACCUUCUCCUACCCACCUCGGCCGCCACCGGUACCUCUGAAGAGGAACUCGCGCCCUGGGAGCGGUGUCAGUCCGAACGGAAGAGGCACUCCUGGGUUGCGCAUGCCCCUUCUCGAACGAGGCUACGAGCUGUGCGCAGGGUGCGUACACAGUGCGGGCUUGAACCAUGCGGCCGUAUCUGCAGACUCGGAUGGUCACUCUCCGCUCUCGUCAAGUUCAACGCACUAUCAUGGAAGCCAGAGUGCGCUACAACUCCCGGGGCAGUCACCGGUCAGGAAUAGGAAGAAGCAUGCUUUCAGGCAUGCCUUUAGGGAGAAGAUGUGGGGGUUGAAUGGGUGGAAGGAUCUGGAAUACGACGAGCAUGUCGAGUGCGCAACAUGCAAGAACUCGCUUCCAGGAGACAGAUACAAAUGCCUGUCGUGUGACAACUUCAGCCUCUGCAGGGGAUGUUAUAGCCAAGUGCACCACAUUCAUCCAGCGCACGUAUUCCUGUUUGUUGAGGUGCCAAGGAGCGAGCCACUUACACCGUCGCUGAAUAACGCCCUUGUAUUAUCAGACAGGACCGAACCUGAGAGUGAGUCUCCCAGGUGGCAUCUCGGAAUCGAGGCUCACGUUAUGGCAGCAUUGGAUCACCCGGGUGUGAAAUGCACACAUUGUUUGCAAGAUAUCGUUGGCGCUCGGUUCCAUUGCGCCAUCUGCAGCGACGUCGAUAUAUGCGCAAAUUGCGAAGCUGCUGGCCUGCCAGGUAACCUCACAGCUCCAGACGGGGGACAUGACGACUCGCAUAUAAUGAUCAAGAUUCCCUACCCGCUUGACCCGACCCAAGUCGAGGCGGCGAGCCGGAGAGCUCGAAAUCUCUGGUCGCAAAGGGAUGGCCUAGCACUAGACCUGGCCUUCCCAAGACAACGAGCCAACUCGUCGAGUUCCGAUUCAUUGCCUACUGUUAUCGGUGCCAUUCGUUCCGACGAAGUCUCCCAGCAUAUCAUUUGCAAGGGUUGCGACGAGCUCAUCGAGGGUGUCCGUUACCAAUGCGCACACUGCCCGUCGUUGCCAGAAUCUUACAACUUGUGCUCUAUGUGCGAGGCGCGGUCUUACGACCUCCACGAUCCGAUGCAUGCAUUCUUCAAGAUCCCGCGCCCGUUGGAUCGCGCGAUCAAUUCACCAUUCCCUAUACUGCCACUCCUUUACAGGAGUCCAGUAGCAGCUGGCUUCGAAUCAAAUCAAGAUCCAAGAGAUGUCUUGCAUGUAGCAUACCUAAACAACCUAGUUCACCAAACGACGCUUUGCGACAUCUGCGUCGAGCCCAUUCGCGGCGAAUGGUUCAGAUGCGUUUACUGUUCAAAAGAUCUGUGUGCAGACUGUGAGGAAAAUGACGUGCAUGAUCCAACCCACAUUUUCGUCGUAUUCAAAGCUCCUGUGGACAUGGGUGCUCUGAGGGUUGUCUCCGACAUCGUCAAUCCACGCAAUAGCAGACCUUUGCUACCAUACAAAGUCUAUGGGAACAGUAGUAACGGACCUUGA